CUUUCAUCCGCGUCCAAAUGAAUGCGCUGGCUCCACCUGCAUUGGAUCGAACUCCAUCGGCUCACAGCAGGUACACAACUGCAGAAGUCUGGUGCUUCGAGCGGCAAUUUGAAGGUCAAGAGCAAAGACCACCGGUGCGAGUGAUCAUCUUCGACUGUGACGAGACCUUGACCUUGUCAACAUUCUUGCCCCAUGACGAAGACCUCCGAACAAGACUUGAUUGGAGUUCCCAGUGGGAAGACUACAUUGCAACCAUGAAUUUUGAGUCUCCAUUCUUGACAUCAAGUAGACGAACACUUCUCCGAGAAAUGCUUGAGGAGUUGUGCAAAGGCAAUCGCCGAGUUUCGGGACGGCUGCUGGCGGUAUUGACACGCAACAACAGCGGAGCAAUUGCUUGCUUAAACCUGCUCAGGGCAGCGCAACUUGACCGACAUUUCAGUGCUGUUUGGGGCAUGCACCAUGGCAAUGGCACUCCUGCUGGUGUCUACAAAUCGAGCACAGGAUGGAAAGUGUUCGAGCCACCCUUCGGCUCUAUACCUGACCACAAGGCCCAUGUGCUCCACAGUAUUGCUGAGUGUCCUUCCAACUGGUUUCCUCAAGUGGCUGAGAAUGUGCAGGGGCUUCCGAGUGUUUUGAGGCCUGAAGAGAUUCUCCUGGUAGAUGAUGUGAGGACAAACUUUCAAUCUGGUGGGACCACCGCCGCCACUGCCAAGAAAGUUUUUCGCUGCUGUAAGGUUGCACGCUACGAUGCUCCAUCCUUUCGAGAUAUGGGCUUUGUCAGGGACAUGGGUGGCAUUGGGGCCCACAAUGAGGAGGAUUACAGAACCCUCGUGGAGUUUGCCAACCGCCCAUGGGCCUUCAAUGUUGAUUGCAAAGCACAGUGUUUGGAACGGACCUUUGAAGGAGCAGAGAAGAAACCACCUGUGAAGCUCCUGAUUUUCGAUUUCGAUGGAGCUUUGACCCUCUAUACCUUUAUGCCAGAGGAUCCACGGUGUAGCACUGACCUGAAAUUCACUCCGAACGACUCUGUGAAACAACGAUACGUGCAGUACAACUUUGAGACGCCAUACCUGGAAGGGAGCAGGGUGGACCAACUGGUCAGCCUGCUCAACUGCUUGGCAGAUGACCCUGACACUGGCGAGAGGCGAGUGCUUGCAAUUCUUACAAUCAAUGAGGCUGGAGCAAUUGCUGUGCUUAACGUGCUUCGUAUGGCCGGCCUCGCCAACUCUUUCAGCGCAAUUUGGACUUUGUCCACCCGAAUCGGCCAGCCCGGUGGCGUCUACCAAGAAGGCAAAGAGUGGAAGACGUUUACUUUGCCGCAGCAAAUCGCCGAGGGCCAUUAUAAGCCUUCCGUGAUUGAAAGCAUUUUGGCCUCUCCAAGUGCUUGGUUUCCACAGUCAGGUAAUGCACCUGAAACGCAGGUGCUGACGGACCUGAGUCUACCCAACAUAGUCCUGGUGGAUGACGAGCGAGAAACAUCUUCCCACCAGGAGACAGAGUACCAAGCUGUGCGACAUUGUCGAGUUGCAAGCUAUGACGACGAAUACCGUGAUCAGGGCUUGCUCUGGCAUAUGGGUGGGCUUGGUGCUAAAUAUGUGGAGGUCGCGGGUCUGUGUUGA